UCAGUUCAUCUCUGAAGAACAUCCUCUUCCUCCACAGACGCGCUUUCCGAGGUGACUUUGGAGACUUGUUGGAGUUUCUGCGUCUGUUUCCCUCAGAUCUCCUCAAACUGUGGAGAAAAGAUCUAGUUUCUUGUUUGGUUCCUCCUCCUGCUCCUCCUGCUGAAAGCUGAGCUCCUUCCGCCAGAUGUGCGCCCUGGACGCAGGGAAGCCAUGAGACCACCCAAAAACUAAAGUGAUGGCUGGUUGAUGGGGAGGAAUUCGAAUGUCAGCCGGGACAGUGGUCAUCGCAGGAGGAAUUCUGGCUACAGUCAUCCUAUUGACCAUCGUCGCUGUGUUGUGUUUAUGUAGGUUGCAGUAUUACUGCUGUAAGCCGGAGGAGUCAGAGAAGGGGGAAGACGAGGAACCAGAACUUUCCACCAUGUCACCUUCUCGACCCCUGGCUCUGUGUGCUCCUCCCACGCCUCCAACGCCGGAGCUCUACAGCGAAGAGCCCGAGUCGUACCCCCCCACCUUCCUCACCGAGGCCAAUGGGCCCUCCAGCCACUCCUCUCCUCCACUGCGGAGGUGCCAGCGAGUCCACGCCUUCUGCCCGUCCUGCGCCCGCUGCUCCCUGCCCUUCUACCUGCAGCAUCCGGAGCGACUGUGCAACGGAGGCCGCCGGAUCAGCUACCGGACUGUGCAGCAGCAGGACCUGGAGCUGCCCGUGGAUCUGGACAGCUUCUACCAGAAACUGAUCCGCUCCUACACCAUGAAGGAGGUGGUGAGCCACAGCGUGAGCACCGACGUCUAAGCAAAGCCUGCUGGCUCUUUAUGUGGGCUGGAUGGAGGCCUGCAGCUGGGAGCCACAGCUGGAGCAGCUUCUGACCAGAGCCUGUCCUUCAAAAUGAUCAUGCAUAACAAAUAUAUCUUUGCCAGACUGCUAAAUGAGUGGGUUACCUCAGAUAUGAACAGCAUUCUAAGCAGACUUCAGAUAGAUUGGCUUUCUUCCAGAGCUCAGUAGAGGAGGUCGGUGUUGGUUGUGGAGCUCAUCCUAUCAGAUCCAUCACAGGGAGCUGUUAAAUUAAAAACUCCAUCAAAGAUUGUUGAAAUAUGUGAAAUUCAGCAGUUCAUCUGGAGAUGAAUUUAUAGAAAUUUCUCUAAAGCGUAAAACUACUAUUAAAAUGUUUGUUUUUUUUCCCUCGCUAAGCUGAAAAAAUGCUUAAUUAUUAGAAUUCCAAAAAGAGAAAAUUAAAAACAAUCCACUGGACUUUGUUUAAAGACGUUUCGC